CUAGUAAAUUUAAAUUUCAGUAGGUAGAUGAUAAGGAAAUGUUACAUUAGUCGAUACAUGGAAGAAGAUGUCAUCGCUUCUGUGAGGCGGGUUCUGCAACAGUUCUUCUCUAAUAUUGAUGAGGUGAAGGAGAGUGAUAAGAAGUGGUAUAACUGCAAGACAGCAGUCAAGCACACGCUAGACUCUCUCAGAAAGCACCCUAAAAUCAUAUUCAAGUGCGAUGAAGACAACAGAGCAACUUCAAAGGAUUUUUCCCGCUGGUUGUUCAUUCAGCUCCUCAGAAUACUGUGCGAACCUAAGUGCUCAGAAAUACACUGUGAUAUUCUCAAUAUGGUGGAUACUAUUCUGGUGGACUACAGAUGUAAGAAUAUUAAGCUGUACACUGAGGUGGUGCAGGAGGUAUUGAGCUGCUUUCUUACUGCAGCUUACAUUCGCUACCUCAUUGCUGACAACUCUGUAGAAAACUUUCAUCAGAGCGGUGUGUUGCUGUUUACGGGUAGAGACGUGCUAGUCCAGAGUACAAGUGCUAGUUCUAUCAGUCUCUCGGACGAGAUGAAAUGUGAUGCUGCCAUAUCCGUCACUCUUCACUUCCUCAACCAGCACUUUCAGACAGGUAUUCGUGCGAUGUUUGUAGAAGCAGUGUUAGUCGGAAUUGGCCAAGUUGUGGAGGUGUGUGACCCUGUGCUGAAGGGGGGAGCACUGCGUCUAGCCGGUAACCUAUUCCUCUUAUCUCCUCCUGAUUAUCUGACUGCUGGAGUAAACCAAGUCACAGAUCUUGCUCUCCACCUCCUCACUUCCUCCCUUCCGUGCUUCCUGGUGCCGGAAAUAGUCGACAGUGUGAAGCGACUGUUAACAAUCUGCCUGAGUGGAAGUGAGGGAAUUGAGGGAAGUGAGCAGCUACCUUGGCGGUACACUGAGACUAAUAUACCCUGGAUAAAAGUGGAGGAUGUUCUGGACAAACUUGCUGCUGUUUUAGAGAAUGACUCUAAGCCGUACAAGGAGUGGGCAGUGAAGUGUGUGUGUCACAUUUACUCAACUUGGAACCUCACAUUGUUUGAAGAGAAUAGAAAACCUGCAACACGUGACAUUGAUCUCACAGCACGUGAUAUUGGUCUCCAUAGCAACAGGAACAGGACUGCUGCUCUUCUUCCUCUUCUCAUAAAUCAGCUACCAGAUCUCAAUCAGGAGUUGAUAAUUCAGACCAUCAUGACAUUGCUACAACCUACCCCCCGCAAAAUAUGUAUUGAAAAAGAUGUGAUUUUGCUUUUAUUACCACACGAUGGGGCGGAUAAUGUAAUUCAGAACACAAAAUCUUCUCCAAAGAAGAAAAGUUCCAAGGAAGGUUGUUCUGACAAACUUUACAAAGAAAUGGUUAGAAAGCUCGAAUCAUUGCAGUUGAGAACUCUGGACUCCACCUCCUCCUCCCCUCCCACUCCAGCUCUAUCACGACUAGUGGUGGUAUGGAGAUGUCUAGUGCACUCUGCUCUGCUCCACCCUGACACACUCCCUCUUAUCUCCUCUAAAGUAGAGGGUGUAAUGAAUACUGUGGAGAUGGUGAUGUCCAGUGAGACCACCCGCUCUCUGUGUAUGACCCUGCUCAGUGACACUCUGCUCCUCUUUCACGCUAGUUCUAGCAGUGUUCCUGGGAAAGUGCGCAGUGUCGCUAAAAGGCUCCUCGACAUUAACAUUAGUUGUGUGCCAGAUGAGAUCAAGUCUAGAGUGUUGGGUUGUUACGUGCUGAUGGGAUCUCACAACGAGAAUAAUCUCAAGUACUUUAUAGACCCUGUUAUUGGAGGCAAGGGCAAAUGGUCGGUGUUUCCUCUGAUCCAGCUCUUCUCUCAACUGAAGAAGACACAAGUGCUAGACUGUAUUGAGCUCUUAACUAACUGCAAGAACGGUGAGAUUCUCACGGAGGUAGCAGCUAACCUGGACCAGAUAGUGCUGUCAUGUUGUGGGGGCAGGUUGGGUUUUGUUGAGACACAGGGGGUUUACUGUGGAGACCUUGCUACUUGUUUGAGAUACACUCCCGAUACAAAUAAAGGGGAAGAGUUACCCGACAAGACGGUGAGGAGUAUACUAACCUUGUUCAAGGCAGAUAACCAGACCUCCUGUAUUCUGAGCGGGCUUGAUCACGUGACUCUGUUAUCCAGACACGUGGACCAGCAGCGGGUAGUGGACCUCCUUACACCGCUUAUACUGCACCCUGACUCUGCUAUUAGACACAAGCUGGCGAAUAAAGGAUGGUCCGAACUGGGGCUAGCCUCCGUCACCCCAUCUCAGACUAAAAGUACUAAACUUACCGAGUCACAGAAGAAAGUGUUACACAAUCUCAAGCUCGCUCUGGACAAAUCAGAUGAUUUCAAAAAAUCGGGUCUAGCCAGUGCUAUAUCUCUAGCGUGUGAAGCUAGGUUCCUCUUCACUAAAGAGCUAUUGCCUGCUAUUAUGUACGGUGUAUUGAUGGAGGAGGACUCCGCAACUCAAGUCUUCGUUAUAAAAGGACUUGGGAAGAUUGCGGAAAGUCAAGGACUGAGCUCCAAAACGGAGCUGUUUGAGAGAUUUAACGUGACGAUUUGUGACAUUGCCGCAAAAAGGAUCCUGGAGCAACCUGACGCUAUCGUAUCUUUUUUAGAGGAAGUGGCAGGAGCCUUCUUCAGCAGCAACAAACAAACCUCCCCGGCAGCCUAUCUUCUAGCCAGGAACGUACAGCACAUUUUACCUGCUGUCUUCCACUACGGAGCUCAAAGUGUCAGUCAUGGAAACAUUGCCAGAAACAUUCUGCAGACUUUGAGUGACUUCGUGAACCAGACGGUGAAAAGUCUGGUGGUGAAGAAUUUCUCUCACAUUUUCUGCUACAUUGCACGGUUUUCAAAACAACAGGAGUCACCCUUUACCUUCGUUGAAAACGUGAGUGAGAUGAGCUUGUCAGAGUUAAUGCAGCAUAACGUACAGCCCAUAACCAACCAGCUGGCCCUCUACCUAUCACGUGACAAAGAUGCGGUGGAGUGGGGACUCAACAUGCUACAAGCUAACACUGUUGCUAAGGAGACGGUUGCCAGGGAGACUGUUACCAAGGAAACUGCACGUGACAAAAAGAACAAAUCUUCCAGCGGAGACUGUGGGAGGCUAGCUAGUUUGAUAGAGCCCAGGUUGUUGGGGAUACUAGCCUCUCUAGCUACUCUACAGCGGGGCAAGUUUACUGAAGAGUCCUAUUUGGUGUUGGAGAGUGUUAUUGAGCUGAUGCAGAUAUUUCCUCCCACCACCCUCACCAAGUGGAAAAACAAACUCCUCUCCAUACUUAGGAACGGGUUGAACUGUCCUGAUGCAGUGGUAAGACACGACGCACUGAUUGGGUGGGACACGUUUGUGCGAGUAAGCGAGAAGAAGUGUGUAGGACCUUUACUGGGGGAAAUAGUUGCUGUGUUGCUCCCUCACCUACCUACCUUCCCUUCUCAAGUGAUUCAGACAGUGAGGUUCCUGUUGUUAGAGAACGAGAGAUGGAGCGAGGUUAAGAACUUUGUAGGUGACAUAGGCUGGCUCACUAUCCCUGACCACAUGGAGCUUGCGGAUGUGAAAUUAAAACUACUCUCUCACGUACAUGCAGGAAAGAAGGGAGAAGUGAUGACGGAGGAGCGGUUUAAGGACAGUUUGAAGUCCCAUAUUUCGGGAGUUGCUGCAGAGAGUUCAGAAGUUCGGGCACAUUCUCUAACUUCCCUUCAGCAACUUCUCCAUACCAACCAGGAUAUCAUUAACCAUAUGGUGCUAGGAAGUGAGACGGUAGAUAAGAUGAUAACAGAGCUAAUAAGCACCUUGUUAUGCGGAGUAAGGGAUCCUGACCUUGACAUCAGAAUCCUCUUCUGUACUUGUUUAGGAGAAGUAGGAGCAAUUGACGGGGGAUUACUAGGAUCUGUAAUCUCAACUCCAACCUCCCAACACAAAGUAUAUCUGGAAGGAAUAGAGGACGAGAACUUCGGACCCGACCUGCUAGUAGUGCUCUCUAAAGGUUACAGGAACAGCUCUGAUCAGUUGAGUGAGGACAAGUUCGCGUUUGCUAUCCAGGAGGUGUUGUCAGCGUACAGACGGUGUGGGGACCAGCUGUUCUCCAAGUUCAGGGACAGAUUUGAUGAGAGUGUCAUGGAGAUAUUGGAACCUCAUAUUAACUCUAAGUACAUACUAAACCCGCACAACGAGCCCAGUAGAGCUACUCCAGUAUUUAAAAGCGAGAAGAAAACAACUUUUGAGGAAUGGCUGUCGUGUUGGACGGGUAUACUGUUACAGUUAGUGGUCGAGGGCAGUAACCAUGGUAACCAGAGCAGUAACCAUGGUAACAAUAAACUAGCUUCUCUUCUUAUUCCUCCUCUAAAGAUCAUCACUUCCACUCAAACUGAUACGCUACAAUUUCUACUGCCAAUACUGGUACUACAGAUCCUGCUAAAAGGAAGCACAUCAGCAGUGGACCUGGUACUUACAGAGGUACAGGCAGUCCUCUACGCUACACAAAAUAACACUGUGUUGUGUGAUGUAACGAGACUAAUAGCUCAGACUGUGUUCUCACUUAUUGACUACAUUGUUAUCUGGAUCAACAAAAAACGCCAAAUAACUACUAAAGGUAACAGUGCGUCCGUAGCACUGUUAACACGAGUAGAGAACACACUGAACAAGGUGUCUAAACAAGUUAUAGCAGUGUCCGCCUUCAACUGUGGGGCUUACAACAGAGCACUCAUGUAUCUGGAGUAUAAAAACAAGAUCACUGAUCAGAGGGACUGGGAGCUGCUGCAAAGGAUCUACGUUAAAAUGAGCGAGUUUGACGGAGUAGCAGGGGUAACUGCUUCUAGGAACACACCGGCCUCUCUAAGAGAACAGAUACAAGCUCUAGAGACAGAAGGGAGACUACAAGAAACUCCUCCAAUGUACGAGCAGGGGAUAACACAAUUCCCAGGGGACAGUUUCUUCGUUCAGGGCAUGUUAAAACAACUCCUGCACACUGGGCUACACACUUCUCUGGUGGGAGUAGUUAAUGAUAGGAUAAGAGAAGAUCCAGCUUUAACAGGAGAUCUGAAUGAAUACAGAGUACAAGCUGCCUGGUCCCUCGCCAGGUGGGAUCUAGUAGAUGAGUACAUUUCCUCUACACCUCACGAUACUUCCUGGGCAGUAGGGGUGGGGCGGCAGUUCCUCUCAGCUAGACUUCUAGAUAGAGACACUUUCAACUCUUCUCUCCGGGCACUGCGCGCUGAGCAACUUAUCCCUUUAUCAGUUGCUGUUAUGGAGGGAGGGUGUUACGAGCGAUGUUACGAGAAUGUGUUAAAUCUGCACAUGUUGAGAGAUAUAGAAGAGUGGGCUAACUCCCUCAUAUUCAACCAGUCUCCUGGCUCUCAGUCUCUCACUCUCAUUGACAAGAACAAGGAGUUUGAAAGUAGGAUGGGAGUAAUCCAGGAUGGUUGGCGGACACGGGAGCCAGUGUAUAACCUACAGCGCGCUCUCCUGCGCUUGGUGGGGGAUGAUAAAACAGUCAGUGCAACUCUGGGUACAAGCUGGUUAAACAGUGCUACUUUAGCACGUAAGGAGAUGCUGAUACCAUGUUGUGAUAGUGCUCUACAGAAUGCUAGUCUCUACACCCCACCCAAGUUCAAGAUAGAACGAGCACGCUGGUUGUGGGACAAACAGUCCAAAGAGGAGGCAAUGACAUUGCUAGGGAACUAUUUAUCCGAGAUAGAGAGAUCACCUGAGAGUAUCAGUAAGAGGGGCAGAGCUGAGGCAAAACUGCUCUACGCUAACUGGAGGGAGCUGACUUCUUAUUACGACUCAGAGGAUAUUCAACAUUUGUUCUUGAAGGUUACGGAUGCAGAUCCAAGUUGGGAAGAUGCACAGUUUAACUGUGCCAACUAUUAUUAUAAAUGGAGCAAAGCUGUUACGCCAGGGUUCAAACAGACCAUGAUGCCGCAUGUUAUCAAACACUACGGGGAGUCCCUCAAGUAUGGCUCAAAUAACAUUUUCCAGAGCUUACCCCGUCUCCUUACGACUUGGUUCGAUCUUGAAGGAGCGGAUAUGAGCCAGAGCACCGCGCAGAUGUCCAUGUCACAAGCUGCCCACAAACCCAACUGUAUACAACAGGCUAACAAGCACAUUGACGAUCUUAUAAAGAAACUGCCAACUUAUCAGUGGCUCACUGCUCUGUCCCAAAUACUGUCUCGUAUUUGUCACCCGUCAGCCUCCGUGUCCAGCAAAUUGGUAGAAAUAGCAAGUUUAGUUCUGUACCACUACCCCGAACAAACAAUCUGGCAGAUAUACAGUAUCACCAGUAGCUCUAACAAAGACAGGCAAAGCCAUGGUAACGAUAUUAUCAAAUCGACAGUUAAAAAGUUCUCAAAACCAAUGGGCGUCCGAGGUGUGGAGUGGUUCAAGACUUACUGGCGGGACUUCCACAAACUCUGUCAGGGACUAUUCGAGAUAAGCAAGAAAGACAGUGGUAACAGCUCUACAUUGAGCAUCAGCAGAGACUUCAGGACAAUAAAGAAGAUGUUAGAUGACCCGAGAUACAGCCAGAUAAUUCUCCCUAUCCAGGCUAACACCACGGUCACUCUCCCUGUAGGCUCCGGACCUCACAACGACCACAAAGCCUUCCCCGACCACCUUGUCACCAUACAAUCCCUCCGAGAUGAAGUUCUUGUGCUCAACUCUCUGCAGAGACCCAAGAAAAUAACUAUUGUCGGCAGCAACGGUAAAACAUACGGUCUCCUUUGUAAACCUAAAGAUGAUCUGAGGAAGGACUGUAGGUUUAUGGAGUUCAACAUGAUGGUCAACAGACUCCUGAAGAAGGAUGCAGCAGCAAGGAAGAAGCAGCUUCACAUAAGAACGUACGCUGUGGUGCCGCUCAGUGGUGACAGUGGUAUUGUAGAGUGGGUUGAUAACACUAAGUUGCUGAGAGUGAUCCUGCAGGGGUUGUAUUUGGAGUACAAGAAAGGAAUGACUAAAACAGAGACAAAGAACGCGUUCGCAAAACUACAGCAGAUCAAACAGCACACUCUAGCUAAACAGAAGCCAGCUGAAUUCAUCAAGUUGUUUAAGAACACGAUGUUAGCCCGGCAUCCUCCAGUACUAUCAGAAUGGUUCAGGAGAACGUUCCCAGAUCCGAGCUCCUGGUUCACAGCCCGACAGAAGUACACACAAACAACCGCUGUUAUCAGCAUGGUGGGGUAUGUUGUAGGGUUAGGCGACAGGCACGCAGAGAACAUUAUGUUUGAUCUUACUAAUGGGGAGACAGUGCACGUGGACUUUGACUGUCUGUUUGAAAAAGGAGAGUCUUUUGACUGGCCGGAGAAGGUUCCCUUUAGACUAACUCACAAUCUGGUGGACGCUUUUGGAGUGACGGGAGUGGAGGGCACCUUCAGGUUGUCCUGUGUGGACACUAUGAGAGUUAUGAGGAACGAGAAGGAUUCUCUUCUCUCAGUUUUAAAUUCCUUCGUUCACGACCCUCUUGUUGAGUGGGCCAAACCAGAAAAGCGUGGUUACCAAGUUGAUAGAGGCAGGCAGAACACCCGGUCAGAGGCCCACAUGAAGGAUAAAGCUCAGGAGAUAAUGAAGACUAUUGAGAAGAAGUUGAACGGACAAAUGGGGAAGAACGCUCACGCGAAACUGCCUAUAUCUACUGAAGGCCAGGUACACAAGCUGAUAAGCGAUAGCACUGAUACAACGAACCUCUCCCAAAUGUACAUCGGCUGGGCCCCUUUCUACUGAAACUACUGAAAUACUGGAUACUAGCGAAUAUUAAACUCUAUCAACCAAAUAUUUCUAUUUGCUAAUUUAUUAAUUUUUACCAAUUUAACAGUUUCUCAAAGCAGACAUGUUUAUGAGACGAAUACACUUUUUUAAUGUAGCAAUAUAUUUUUUAAAUAAUAGGUUUCAAAUAUGGGUUUCAUAAGAUCAGAAAGCCUUUUUUAUGAACUUGACAAUUGUUAUCUUUUAUUUUCGAAUGGUUUUCCUAUACUUCUCAAAUGGUAGUGUUUAUAAUUCAAAUUUAAUGGUUUAUAUUUAUGUUAAGUUGAAGUGGUUGUUGUUCAGUCAAACUAGGAAGAUGAAUUUCUAAAUAUCCCAGAUGUUGAAUUGUAUUUACCGACCGGGUGAUAACACUUAUCAUGUGACAUAUUUAAUUACGGUUUUAUUAUCAUAAAUAUCAUUGUAGGCGAUAUAUAGUCUCGAGCGAUUUGUAUUGGAAUGAUAAUUCUAUUUCUCAUCACA